AUGGUUCAUGACUUAUGUGGAAUAUUGUUGAGAUUUCGAAAACAUCCGAUCGCAAUUGUAGCCGACAUCGAGAGGGCGUUCCUUCAAAUAGAACUUCAAAGAGAUCAACGUGAUGUUACAAGGUUCUUAUGGUUAAAAGAUAUUGACAAUCCAAUGACUAACGCAUGUAACAUACAAGAGUUUCGCUUUUGUCGGGUACCGUUUGGAGUAGUGUCAAGUCCUUUUCUUCUUGGUGCCACAAUUGAACAUCAUCUUGACACUUUUCAUAAUGAAAUAUCAAACAAAAUAAAAAACGAUAUCUACGUGGAUAAUAUGAUAACAGGUGCAAAAGACAUAACAGAAGCGAAGAUUCUUUAUAAAGAUGCAAAAACUAUAUUCAAUGCUGGAUCUAUGAAUCUAAGAGAAUGGGCUUCAAAUAAUGAAGAGGUCAAUUCACUCUUUUCUCCUGAAGACCGUGCAGAAGUGAAAUCAAUGAAAGUGCUAGGGCUUGAAUGGAACUUGGAAAGUGAUACUCUUUCAUAUCGUUCUGCAAAAAUGCUAUGUCAAAGUCUUCAUGCCACCAAAAGGGAAAUUCUAAAAUACGUUGCAUCCAUUUUCGAUCCACUAGGCUUGAUUAGUCCUGUUAUCCUUGAUGCUUAA